CGGAGAGACAGAGCGAGACGCCGAGAGAGAGAGAGUCGAUGGGAGAUUCCCCUCUCUCCCGCACCCCGCUCCCAGUUCCCGCCUAUUUCCGCCAGGCCGACGAGACCUUCUCGCUGCGGAGACGGGGCGGGGCCGGGUUGGGUGGCUCCGGCCUGACCCCCCGGCCCCCUGUCAAGGCCGCCCCCCCCUCCAGCCGGCUGUUCCCGGGGCGGUCGCGAGCCUGGAGCCAGCCCCGCCCCCUGAGCGUCUCGGCUCGAGACGCCCCCUCGCGCUCGCUCAGUGGGGGGCUGUACGACGAGAGUAAAUCCGAGCUGUACUUCGAGCAGUGCUUCCUGCGGCUCUGUCGCCUCGGCCAGGGCAGCUUCGGGGAGGUGUUCAAGGUCCGAAGCCGGGUUGACGGGCGGCUGUACGCAGUCAAGCGGUCGAUGGAGCUGUUCCGGGGGGAGCAGGACCGGUGGCAGAAGCUGGAGGAAGCCCGGAAACACGAGGGUCUGGCUCCUCACCACAACCUGGUGGGUUUCGUCAGCGCCUGGGAGGAGCGCGGACGCCUGUACAUCCAGACCGAGCUGUGCGAGGGCAGCCUUCAGCAGCGAGUGGAGGAACGAGGCACGCUGGGCGAGGGAGAGGUUUGGGACGUCAUCACUGACCUGCUCCCUGCCCUCAAGCAUCUACACGACAGAGGGGUGGCCCAUAUGGACGUGAAGCCCGCCAAUGUCUUCCUCUCCCACGCUGGCGUGUGCAAGCUGGGCGAUUUUGGCCUGCUGCUGGACACGAGGGAGAGGGUGAGGGAGAGGGCCACGGAGGGAGAGAGCGAGAGAGGGAGUCGGGGAGAGCGAGCCGAGCUGAGCGAGGCCCAGGAGGGAGAUCCCAGAUACAUGGCCCCAGAACUGCUGUCCGGAGUGUAUUCCCGGGCGGCUGAUGUGUUCAGUUUGGGAAUGUCUAUUCUGGAGAUUUGCAGUAAUCUGGAGUUGCCGAGGAGCGGAGACGGGUGGCAGAGACUCCGACAAGGCUACCUGCCCCUAGAGUUUGUGUCAGGUCUCUCCCCCUCACUCCUCUCUAUAUUACGGCUGAUGUUGGAGCCUGAUCCGAGGAGACGGGCGAGUGUGGAUUUACUGCUGUCUCUGCCAUGUGUCCGUCGGGUUCGUCUCUACAGACGGUUACGUCUGCUCGUGAGAGAGGGUCUGACUCAGAUCAUCAGGGUGUUCCAGCUCCUUCUCUCUCUCCUGUGGGUGGUGUGGCACACACUGACGGGUGGCUUCCUGUCUGCUGCCCCCUCCCCGGAUGUACCCCCGGCCUCUCCCUCCCCCUCGAGCCUCCGAGACCCUCACAGCCCCCUGGGCUGGGGCUCAGGCCAGGGCCAUCGCUUCUCAGAUGAUGUCUUUCCCUCCUGCUCCCAGCCCCAGCUCCCUGAGCAAAGCACAGACACACAGGAUUACAGGACUCUCUAUUCCCCCGAAACAAUGUUAAGGCCACGGAUGGGAAGCACAUCAACUCCUCGUAAUCUCUCGUCAGAUUCAUUGCUCAAUAGCCGAAGGUCGCCUAGAGACAGUCCCAACCUCAGUUACAUCAGCUCGGAGUCUCCCUGUAUACGCUGUGAGUGUGACGGUGAGGAAUCCUCACUCACUCUCCAUGAGGAGACGGAAGUUACUAGAGCUGUCUUUGAGCCCAAAAAUUUACUGAGUUUAUUUGAGGAAUCCAUCGAUCUUAAAUGAUCCCAGAACACACAGUGUAGAGGGAGCUUUACUGUGUCUCUAAUCCUGACCUGGGAGUGUGGACGCACAGUGUAGAGGGAGCUUUGCUGUAUCUCUAACCCUGACCUGGGAGUGUGGACCGACGAACAGUCUUUGAGUCGGUGACUGGGAGUUGGGUCAAACAAUAUAAUAUUUUAUGUAUUUUCUGUAAAUAUUUCAUGAAUUUUCUGUAUUUUAAGACGCUAUUAAAUCUUUUCCCUUUGCUGCUCA